AUGAUAAGAUCCUGCCUCAUUUUAAAUUAAAGGGGAGUAAUUUUAAAUUAAAGGGGAGUAGAUGUUGCUCCACUUCAGGGGGAAACAGAAGGAACCAAUUCUGACGGCAGAGAAAGUGUCUGUUGUGGAGCACAUACCCUAGCAUCGUGUGCAGAGUUGGAAUGAUGCAGGUUUCUGCUCCUGUAGCGUCAUUCCUGAUUCUUUGAAAACAUGACAAUCAUUCAUGUUCUGCCACAGGAACCAAUAAUCAAAUACAUUUAUUAUUUGCAUCAGCUACGUUUGCAUUUUAAUGAUUUAAAGACUUUUAAUACGUUUAAAAUUAGCAUUUAAUUAUUUCAUUGCUUUGACAUUUAAUUGAGUUACUGUAUUUAAUUUCGUCCAUUCUGGCCACACGGGGGCGCUGUAAAGCAGCACUGAUCCCAGGUGUGAUGUUGAAACUCGGGUGUUAUUGGUCAGUUUUCCCCUUUAAACCGGGUUUAACCUCCUCUGCUGUGGGUAAAGUGAACAGAAAAGCCCUGAAUCUCAGGACAACAUGUCCAACUCUGUGCUGGUGAAAACCUUGGAGGACCUGAGCUUAGACUCGGGUUAUAUAGCCGGCGAGGCCAGCCUGUCCACCUGCGGCAGGUCUGGUCAGUCUCAGCCGCCCUCCAGCGGCCCUCGCCGGUGUUCGUGGUGGCAGCAGGCCGGCUCUCUGUACAGCAGGAACGGCAGCUCGGACUCGGUGAGCAGCACGCUGCCGGAGGACGCGGCGGACGCCCUGUCCAAGUGUCCCUGCCUGCCUGAGCUGGAGGAGUAUCCGUGGACGGAGCGGGAGCUGCGGGACGUGGUGCAGAAAGUCUCCAGGGGGGACUGCUUCGCCCCGGAGGCCGUCCACCGGCUGUCCGUCCUGCUCCGGAGGGCUGUGUUCAGGGUGUCCCGGGAGGCGCAGCGGCAGAGCGGGCUCCACCGGCGGUGCUCCCGCCUGGAGGUGCAGAGCGCCGUGCGGCUGGUGCUCAGCUGGGGCUUGGCCGAGCGCAGCGUCUCCUCCGCGGUCAGAGCCGUCUCUCUGCACUGCAUGAACUCCGGGGAACUGCUCUCCGUGGGCCGCUUCUUCCGGUGGAUGGUGGAAACACGCGUGUCGGUGCGCGUCCACGAGUACUCCGCAAUCUGCCUAGCGGCGUGCGUGGAAAGUUUGGCGGAAGAGGUGGCGAGACGGGCGCUGCACCUGGCCUGUUGACCUCUGACGGGGUCAGCUGCGGCCCGGUGACCCCGGAGCUGCUGCAGGGAGCCGUGGAGCGGUGGGGACUGUUGCAGCUCUACGAGCAUCUGAUCUGCGGGAAGAACAUCAACGGUGAG